GUCAGAAUCGUGUCCUGAAUAUUCUAAGUCUUUAAGGAAGGGAUAUUUAAUGUUUGCACGAACCACAUUGAAUGAUUUUACGAUCCUCAAAGAAACCGGAAACAAGAUUCUGCUGUACUUGGAUAUUACGGUACACACAAAAGAAUAAGUUGACUCAGAUCAUCUGACCCGUAAGAAUUACGUCACAACGAGGGUAUUGCCGUUUGCUGUUGCAGGGGCUUGAUCCAUAUAUCCGCGGCCGUCUACUUAGGUUUUCAUGCAAAAUCUUUGGGCAUUCUGAACAUCUGUGAGCUGCAAUUUUGAAAUUACAGCCAUGAUAUCAGACGGUUUGAAGGCGCAUGCUGCUCUGGCUCUAGUGCAGUUAAAUAAUGGCGGGUAUCAUGUUAUAACGAAGAUGGCACUCACAGUGGGGAUGAGUCAAGUGGUUUUUUGCGUCUGUAGGGAUCUCAUCGCGCUCUUGUUGCUUGGCCCUCUCGCCUAUUUCAAAGAAAAAAGAAUUCGUCCACCAAUUACACGUGGUCUACUUCAAUCAUUCUUCUUACUUGGUUUAACUGGGAUCUUUGGAAACCAACUUCUAUUCAUUAUUGGCCUCAAUUAUACCAAUCCAACCUAUGCAGCAGCCAUACAGCCUGCAAUUCCUGUCUUUACAUUUAUGUUAGCUGCCUUAGCGGGAACAGAAUCUGUGAAUUUGCGUGCAACUGAUGGCAAGGUUAAGGUUGGAGGCACACUUCUAUGCAUUUUUGGAGCAAUAUUUAUGGCAAUUUUCAGAGGCCCAAUUGUAUUUGGGCAGGCAUACUUGGAUUUAAUAGCACAAAGUGAAAUAAGUGACAUGCCUCAGCCAGAGCCUGUUGGCUGGCUAGCAACAGGUUUAAUGGAGUGGGGGCUUGAGACCUGGCACGUCGGUGUUAUUUGUCUGAUAGGGAAUUGCCUAUGCAUGGCAGCUUACUUAGCCUUACAGGCUCCAAUUCUUAUCAGGUAUCCUGCUAGCUUGUCGUUAACUGCAUAUGCCUACCUAUUCGGGACUGGGUUGAUGGUCCUGACUGGAAUAAUUUCAGCCCAUGAAUUAUCAGACUGGGUUUUGACACGUUCAGAGAUUGUAGCUGUUGUAUUUGCUGGUGUCGUAGCAUCAGCACUUAACUAUGGCCUUCUUACGUGGUCCAAUAAAAUAUUGGGGCCUGCAUUGGUUUCUCUUUACAUUCCGCUUCAACCUCUUGCGUCAGCAUUUCUCUCUCGCAUUUUUCUCGGCAGUCCAAUAUAUCUUGGAAGUAUUAUUGGUGGAACGUGUAUUAUUGGGGGUUUGUACCUUGUAACUUGGGCACGUAAAAGAGGAGAGAAGCAUACACUACCUCCUCGUCGCAUACCCACAACAGUUAAUCACAAUGAUGAAGACUUGGCAUAUUCUGUAGGUGAUCCACUACUGAAGGCAUCUCACCAGAGGACUCAAAUUUAUUCAGGGACCACUUUACCAGUUUCUCGAUCUUGGUCAGAGCUAUACAGGCCCUAGGCAUUUGAAUUUCUUUGUAAUGUCUCUUAAAGGGGCAUUUACUACUCUAUUUCAUGAUUCACUGAGUUCUUCAGCUCUAGCAAUAUUCAGUAAUUUCUUUGCUUUUCUGGCUUAUCAUAUUAAUAUGAAAUUGCUUCUUCAUUGCUGUGCUACCACACAAGAAGAUUUUAGAGAGAAGAAAAGUAUAAUGUUAUAUGUUUUAAGCAAUUAUGCUGUUAGUUGCACUUGUAAUUAUCUGCUGGGAUUCUCUGAAUCUGUGGUAUGAGAGUUUGGAUUAGUGCAGCUAUUAUCAUUUGAUGUGAACUAGGUAUGUAGUUUUUAUGAUCUGGAUAAGGACUAUGAAUAACGUAAAGCUCAUUGACACUAA